UUCACCUAAUGUUGACAAUAAUAAAAGCGAUAAUACAAAUAAUGAAUCAACAGGCGAUGGCUUAUUUCGUGUAAAAUUGACUUAUCGUGAUAUUGAUACUGAACUGUGCUAUGCUUUGGCACCGAUUAAACAUGCAUAUAUGCUUAUGAAGUUUAACCUUAUUGAUUCAUUAGUUGAUCCACUUGUUUCGACACUUAGUUCGGCUGUUAAUUCAGCACUUAAUCCACUUGGUUUAGCUAAGAGAGCCUCAAAUCAAUAUUUGGGUGCCAUUAAUUACGCUAAUGAUGCGGAAAUACUGCAAGUGCUAAUCUCUGGAAACUGUAACAAUAAGAGGAAGUUUGAUUACACUAAAAGUUCUACCAUGAAAUACAAUAAUAGUGAUUUUUCCAUCACUUAUGAUGACGGUUCAAGUUCUAACGGUUUGCAAGAACAGGAUACUUGUCAAAUUGGAAAUAUGAAUAUUCGUAAUCAGCAAUUUGCUAUGAUAAAUGAUAUGAGUCCAGGAUUUCAAAAUGAUGCUAUUGAUGGUAUAAUGGGGCUUGGAUAUGAUUCGCUUUCAGUAUACCCAGGCACUCAAACCCCUUUUACAAAUAUGUACAAUCAAAGUUUAAUUCCUCAACAAAUCUUUUCAGUACAAUUACGUCCUGCACGCAACAAGACUAAUUAUGGUGGAAUAUUCGUCUUUGGGGGUAUCGACUCUAAUUUAUAUACAGGCUCUAUAACAUAUACUCCUGUAACUUAUAAAUACUUUUGGCAAAUUGGAAUUGAUGCUGUAGAAUAUAAUGGAAAAGCUGUUACGUCUUCUUCAAAAGGGCAUAAACAACAGUGUAUAGUUGAUACUGCUACUGCGUUGCUUAUUCUGGGAACAGAUGUAGCAAAAACAUUACAUACAAGCAUGAAUGGAAAAUAUAAUUCUUCUUCACAAAGGUGGCAAGUUCCUUGUAAUUUAAAUAGCAGUACUAAAGUGUCGAUUAAGGUUAAUGGUGUUUCACUUCCAAUUAACUAUCAAGAUCUUGUGAGAGAAGAAAUAAGUUCUGGAGGUUCUUGGUGUUAUUCUGGAAUAGCUUCUACUAAUAGCUCU